AUGAAGCGCUUGCGGCAGAAGGGUGUCUGUGAUGAGUCCAAGUGUCGCUAUCCCACUGCAAGCAAGAAAGAAGAAGCUAUGGACGUCUCCAGUCAGCAACCAGCCGAUGAAGCUUUUGAAACGGCGCAGCCUUAUCGUAUCUGGCAUUACGAACCACUCAAUGAGAAACGCUCACCAGCAGAGAAAGACGAAUUGGCCAAGAAGGAUGCUGACGAAGCGUCCAAAAUUAAAGAUGAGGAAGGCAAUGCACUGAAUGACAAACUAUGCAAAGCCAUCUCCGAGGGGCAUCCCGUCCAGUUCGGCAUAAACUACUACCACAAGGCGCCAGACCACCAACUCAAACAGAUCGAAACCAGGAAGGGCAAGAAAUGGCCACUCGUUCAAUUGACAUGCAGACAUGAAAAACCACCUGCUAAAUGUGGGAAGCAUGCUGCCUUAGCGAUCGUUUACGACGAAUAUUCUGUGAUAUGCCAGACUUCGUACGGGGCAGAUUAA